GAUCUGCCCUGAUAUAUAUCACAUUCCUAACAAAUAUUUCUACUAGAUUUCUUCAAAAUUCGGACUAAAGAUACAUACUUGUUGCAUUUUGGAUUCACGUUCUGUUUAUUUGUGGGCUCUGACCGCCUAAAGUUUCACUGAGAAUACCUGGCUCGCAAAUCCUCUGUUGUCAUGUCUCAGACUCUGACUUCUUCGUCUACGGAUUCGGGAGUUCGUGGCAAGAUCUCGAACAUCACUGAUGGCGUGCAGCGUAUCUUAGUCUGUGGCGAAAUGAGCGAUGUCCAGUUCGCGGUGGGGAGAGACUACGGUGAAGUGAAGAAUUUUCCAGCUCACAGGGUUAUCCUGAGCAUCCGGAGCGACGUGUUUCAUACCAUGUUCUAUGGAAGUGAACCAGAGAACUGCACAGCUCCCAUCGAAAUUCCCGAUGUUUAUCCCGAGGGGUUCGAUAAUAUGAUUCACUAUGUGUACACGGACAACGUGAAGAACUUGACCCAUGGUAACGUCUUCCACACACUCGGCUGCGCAGACAAGUACAACUUACCGUUGCUGGCAGCCAACUGCGCCGAAUUUAUCCUGAAGGAUCUCAUCAUUGAUAACUGCUUGGUUAUACUGGAGAGCGCUGUUCGCUACGCAACUGCAGUACCCAACAUCCUGCAGGCGUGCUUGUUUUUAAUUGAUGCAUCUGCAAAAACUAUCUGGGAAUCGGAUCAGUUCUGUGCGAUUGGAGAAGAGGCGCUGCGCAUAAUUCUCCAACGGGAUUCGUUGAGCGCCAGCGAAAACACUAUUUAUUCGUCUGUUGACAAGUGGGCUACCAGUAUGUGCAUGGAAAAGAACAUGGACGCUUCGUCCGCCAAUCGUCGUGAAAUUUUGGGCGAGACGCUGUUUCUCAUCCGUUUUCCGCUGAUGACCGAUAAACAGCUGCUCGAUGGACCAUUAAAGAGUGGCUUGUUGCUGCAAUCGGAAGGAUGGGAAAUCUACAAGUAUAAGCACGCCACAAUGAAACCGAUUGUGCCGUUCUCUACGAAGCCCAGACAAAGGAUGUGCGAUAAGGGUGUUAUUAAUUAUACAGUUCCGGAAGUGCGAAGGCUGUCGAGCGACUGUAUUUCCAGCGAUUCCAUAACAGUUCAAAAGCUGCUUUGGAGUAUAAUGGUUGAGAAGAACGAGAAUGAUGCGCUUGGCAUCUUCGUGAAGUGUUCUGGACCGUCAGAUCACUCACAAUCCGGUUCUUGGAAAUGCCAGGUUGCUGCAGAGUUUCGCCUGCUACCAUGGAAAGCGGAAACUGUACCAAUUAAGCGAUCGCUAGUCCACGUAUUCUGCAAUCAUGAGGAUGGCAAAGAUAACAAUGGAUACAAAGCGUAUAUCUCUAUGAAGGAACUGCUGGAUCCGGCGAAAGGAUACGUUAAUCCGAGUGACUUCUCCAUGAAACUGCAAGUCCAGCUGACUGCUGAUAUUCCUGUUGGUAUUGAAUAAACUGAAGAUCCUUAAAUAAUGGCAUUGGCGAACGAACGAAAAUUCGGACACUGGAAUAAUUUUUUUCGAAUCCGCUUGACGGUAUGUGGGCCACUUGAUUGAUUGUCCGCCUGCAGAGUGAGUCAGUUGAAGAAAGAGUGAAUAUUUCCUUACAAGUUACCAAUGUUUAAACUGAUUGAAUUUCCCUUCUAAUGCAUGUUUCGCUAGUACCAUUUGACAGCGAAAAGGUCAUUUUGUGUUUGUUCUCUUGGAACACGCAUUGUACUCAUUGGGAAUUAAUUUAGGUCGUUUAGGCCGCUUGACCAAACAUCGGUUGUUGCUUACUUGAUGUGCUAAGUCCGUUGUUCACCCUAAUGUGAAACCUACACUGCGGUUGUUCAGAGGAAAUGCUGGUGCAUUGUUACAUAACAUUGUUGUAAAGUUAUCUCUCUUUUUAUUCUCUCUCAAUCUUUGCUCUUCCUUCGUAGUUGUUGAAUUGUCCUGAUUGGGUGUUAAAGUUGACAUUAAAAUCAUACUUAU